UCUCUCUCUCUAAAACGCCAUCAUCUACCGCUUCCAAGUCCUACAAGAACCCAUUCCCUCCCUCAUAGCCCCCACUCUUCUCCACUUCUCAAACUUCAAACUUCAAACUUCAAACUUCAUCACUCUUCCCUCAAACCACAAAUCACAUUCUCUCCAAACAAACUCUCCCUCCGACCAACAUGGCUAUUGAAAACCAUGACACCACUGUCAGAGAAAUCAAGCCCAAGAACCGGAGAAUCAUGGGUGCUGGAGGUCCCGAUGAUGAGGACAAUAGAUGGCCACCAUGGUUGAAGCCACUGCUCAAAGAGAGCUUCUUUGUUCAAUGCAAGUUACAUGCUGAUUCUCACAAGAGUGAAUGCAACAUGUAUUGCUUGGACUGUAUGAACGGCCCUCUCUGCUCUCUCUGCCUCGCCCACCACAAGGAUCACCGUGCAAUCCAGAUUAGGAGGUCCUCAUACCAUGAUGUGAUCAGGGUUUCUGAGAUUCAGAAGGUGUUGGACAUCACUGGUGUCCAAACCUACAUUAUCAACAGCGCAAGGGUGGUGUUUUUGAACGAGAGGCCUCAGCCAAGGCCAGGAAAAGGGGUCACAAACACAUGUGAAGUCUGCGAGCGAAGCCUUCUUGAUUCUUACCGCUUCUGUUCUCUUGGUUGCAAGAUUGUUGGGACAUCUAAGAACCCACAGAAGAAGAAGAAGCAGUCAACGGCAAUGACAUCAGAUUCUGAGGAUUCAUACAGUAGCAACAGCGUCCAUGGCCUGCAGAAAAACUGCAAAGUUCAGAGCUUCACACCGUCCACUCCACCUCCAACUUCGGUUAAUUACAGAACUGCCAAGAGAAGAAAGGGAAUACCGCACCGAGCCCCAAUGGGGGGACUAAUCAUAGAGUAUUAGAUUUGGCGGUGAAUGGUGGUAGUGGCGAAGGUAAUACAAGCUUCGAACGAGUGGGUCCACUGCAGCCGGCUUAAAUGGGGAGGGUUCGUCGGCGUUUACACGUGUCAAACGUUGAUUGGGAUUUGUGAAAGCCAAGUUGUAUUGGUUCUCGAAAACAGAGAAUUGGUCAGCCGCCUCUAUUAAAAAGAAAAACGAUAAUUCUAUGCGCGGUUCCCUACUCUUGGAUCUGACGGAUGACAUUGAGCACUAUUGACGGCUUCGAUCUCUUGAUGUUCUCUCGAUCAUGGGGGUAGAUUCCCCGAGGCAGAAAUCGUAGGGCUUGGAGUGUUUGAUCGAACUUUUGAGUAGUGGGCGUGUAAAAUGAACGUAUUAUUAUUAGCUAAAGCAUAGAUGGGGUUUGUCGUAAACAGAAGAGGUUAGUGCGACUUAUUGGGAACUUUCUUGGCUUGGCAAAUUGUUGAUGGGUCUAAUAAUGAGAUAAUAAAGUUACAGCUAUUAGUGGAGUCAUUCUAAACGUGUUUUUUUACCGCAAGGACUUCGAUCCUACUCCCACUGAACUAAAGCAUUUUUGUUAAACUUCCUGAAUUUGGAAAAGAUAUGUCAUCCCCUGCAAAGAGAAACAAAAUAAUCACGGUCAGAGAGACCCCCAUUUUAAUUGUUCUAACGUGAAAUGUUUCCUGAUGGAGAAUGC